AUGGCACAAAUGGACGAUAAUUGCAUCAAAGAAGCACUGCUAAGCCGGCUUUCAUCAUCGAGUGCCGUGGUUGUGCAGGCAGAUUCGGGUUGGAAGAAUGCACUGAAAAGGUGGACGGGUAUCGAGGCAGACCCCAGCAGCAGUUGUCCAUCCUAUCUCAUACGCUGUCGAAAGUCGGAAGUAAUUCGUGUCAGAGGAGGCGGACAUAGCAACGGCUUUUCAACCGACCAGCAGCCCUGGAAUGUCCUAGACCUCUCACAGAUGAGAGAUGUUUCAAUUGAUAUAGAGAAAAAGGUGGCUAUUGUUCAAGGGGGUGCAACAAUGGGCGAUGGAUUGAGAGCUGCUGCUUCAGAAGGGCUAGCUAUCGCGACGGGGACGUGUAACGAGGUCGGCUUGGUUGGGGCUGCUCUAGGAGGUGGUAUCGGCCGUUUGCUCGGACAUUAUGGCUAUGCAGCAGACACAGUAGUAUCAAUGCGAGUUGCGGUGGUUGGAAGCAGCGGAAGGGCACGGAUAGUUGAAGCAUCGCGGGAGAUCAACCCGGACCUCUUCUGGGCCCUCCGCGGCAGCGGCCAUUUGUUCGGAGUAGUCGUUGAGGCCACCUUUCGGGUUUUCCCCUGGCAGCAUGAGACAUGGCAUAGCUGCCUUGCAUUCCAGCCAUGUGAUGCCGGGCGGGUGGCAGAGGCAGUGGACCGGGUCAGCUAUCGCGGAGGGAUGCAGGGCCGGCUGGUCUUUUGCGCCCCCAAUAAGCAGCCGAUUGUUCUCCUGCAGCUGUGGUAUCUGGGCAACCCCGAGGAAGCUGCUGAGAAGUUCGAACCCUUGCUGGGACUCCCGUUCAUGGCAGACCACCCGCUGCAUUCGAUCGGGCGUCUGAUACCGUACGUGAAUCUCAACGACUCCAGCGAGAGGAUCUGUUCCUACGUGGGGAGGAAGAACCUGGCAGCCUUCGGUAUGCGGAGCAUCUCAGAAGCUUCAUGCAUGGCCGCUCUUAUGGUAUAUAUGGACUUCAUCACCCAGUACCCGGAAGCACUAAGGACGCACAUUCUCACGGAGUUCUACAGCAUGGACAUGGUAAGUGAACUGGACCAGGACGGGGAGGAGACCUCGAUUCCCGGAAAGAUGCGGCGCGAAGUGAAGUACUGGGUGAUGCCCCUGGCCUGGUACGAAGACGCCGCGCUGGAUGAUGCAUGCGCAGGACUCAACCGGGCUGUUAGAGACGCCUUUCUGACGAAUACGGAUGGUAGCCGAGCUGAGAGUAUUGCGUACAUCAACAUGCCCUUCGAGAGGGAGGCUGCCAGUAAUGUCUUUGGCGAUAAACAGCAUCUAGAAAAGCUGCGGAGUCUGAAACAGAAAUGGGACCCCUUGAAUAUAAUUCGGGGUAUAGUUGGUUUUUGUUAGAAUUUGGCAGCUAACUAGUUAAUCUUGUUUAAUGAUGGAACCUUGGAUCCCACAAAAAGGGCGCGAUUGACUCGAUAAAUAACUAGAUGUCAAAACAGAAGCAGCAGCAACGAAUAUGAUUGGUUAAAUCAAUGAUGAGAACGAAUAUACGGAUGCGUAAGGUGUUCCAAUUGAGCCUAUCGAGGUGUAGCUACAUGAAGAGUUUUCAUCACCGUAAGUACGGAUGCGGGCUGACUAAGCUACAUCCUGACACUAGAUAACUAGUUAAUGGUGAUAAUUGGCCCACCGCUGCCUUCGUCGUUACUAGUGAUGUGACCAAGCUGCCACCCUUUGGAGAUUGGAGAUGAAAGCUAUUGACGUCAUAGUAGCCAUUGAGUUAUUAUUGACGUUUAUACCUAGUAGUUGUUAUAACUAGAGGUUGUUAUCUUCAAAUCCUGUAAAUUUUAUGUAACUAGUAAAUUUUAGCUGCACACAAGCGAGUACUACUCGACGCUGCUUUCUAGUUAUAACCAUGAAGAACGCUCUGCUUUACCG